AAAUCUGCUUUCUAUGUAGUAUGUGAUAAUAUUUACAGUUAAUACUUACCCUUGUUGAAACGUAAGCGUACGGGAAAAGGAAAAUCAAGUCAUCCGUUCCUUCCAGAAGCUUCUCGGUCGAUGCCUUUGUAUCUCAAACAAACUCGAAUAUUUAUAGUACGUCUCGACUUUCUCUUGGUUGAUUAUUUCAGUAGUAGGAUUGUGUGUAAACUCUCUCUUUUUUUUACUUAUUAACUUUUCCCACUCCUUUCCCUCAGGGCCAAAGAGAACCCACUCUGUCGCGCCUGUUAGCUGGAGGUCAUGAGGACGAGAUCACAGAAUGGUCCGAAUCGAUGGCAACUCCGCCGUUGAAUACAACAGAACCAGCUGGAGACCCAUCUGAUGGCCAAGUAGACGGUGAGAACACUGAUGAAAAGGUGAUGGGAGGAGAAGGGCAAAUACCACCUAAGCGCAUUGCCCGUGUCCUGUUCUCAGGAUGUCUAGCGGAUCAGUCGUUAGAAGCCAUGGAACUCUCUCUGGACAAAGCUAAAGUGGACGAUAAGUCUUUGGUGCCAUUAAGGAUUACGGGUUCAACGUUACGAACAACUCCAAGAAUGAAGACAGCCGAUAGCUCACUCACGGAAGAGGAAUUUGUUAUGGAGUAUUCUUGUCACGACGAGUCAAAACGCAGUGAUAUAACUCUUUCAGAACGAUUUUCAGGGGUAUCUAAAGUUACGUUGUCUGCUAAAGGGCCCCCUAGCCCAAUUGAUGCAGAUGUUGCUAUUAGAAUGACGUACUUUUCUCCACCAUCUGCUAAACCAAGCUUAAUACAUUCACCCCAUCCCAACAGUUUUCUUUCACCUAAAAGUCAGAGUCCUUUCCAAGUACUAGCCCAGUCCACCCCAAAGCAGUCAUUUAAAGGCGAUCUCCCCAAAGUUAUAAACACGUCCAGGACGAAUGAUAAGAGCGUAACUGAGAACCAUGACACGAACCUUCCCCUUGAUACAAACAUGCACAAUUAUUUGCCCGACCAAUUGUGUGACAUGAAUGAAAAGAAAGUCCACUCUGCAUCAGGCGAUAGAAUUGACGCUGAGGAACUAGAUCAUGAACUUGAGGAUACGGAUGUUUCGUUCGGUUCACCAUCGAGAUCGUUUGAACUGGCCAUGGCGCGUGAGGCGGACAAGCUGUGUUCUGGGGCAGAGAAAGAUUCACGCACCUCCGGACUAGGUUCAUCAUUGUCCGUGAGUUUAAACCCUCAGUCACAGAACACUGACGAUGAAUUGAUUAAUAGCACUGUCUCCCAGCCAACCAAUUACAUCCAAGAGACUGCUCAAAUCCCAAGAAAUGGAAACACAUUGCAAAAUCUGGGUGAAAACAAUAUCACCAUAUCUGGUGAGACUACCGGUGGAUCAUUGCAUGGUCAUGGUAACUACUUAAGAAAAAGGUCAUUCUGCAAAGUACCCGGAAUUCGUCGCUCAGCUCGAACAAAACGAUUCUCUUAUCCCUCAGCGAGUCAAGUUGCUGAACAUCACAUAAAAAAGAGUGCUAGAAGAUCUGUUACAAAUGAUGAUUUUUCACUACCUGCCAAAGAGGAAAAUCCUAGGAUUAAAGAAGCAAAAGGUUCAGUGAACUGUGAAACGCAUGGAGAUAUAGCCUCUUAUACCACCCUCAACAGCUGUGAUGGUAAUAUUGAACUGCCUCUUUCGGAAAAACUUAAGUUUGAGGAAAUGAGUGCGUUUUGCAAAGGUGAUAACGCUUUGAAAUCAUCUCCCACUGUGAAUAGCAAGGAAAAAGACGAUGUCCUUUAUGACAUGGAUGCCCUCACUCAAUUUCCAAUGGAAUCCAUUUGUUCUCCUCCACCGGGGGCGUCGAGAGCGCACCUAGAAAAAGAGGACGUGACAGAAAGCGUGAAGACAGGAAAGCUUGUUUGUUGUGAUGGCAACAAUGAGCCCUUAUUGUGGCCUACAGAGAAGGCAGAAUUAGAGCCUGUUAAUGGGAACACAAGAAAGAUUUCGGAUGCAUCACAAAGUAGUGCUGUAGCCCCGCUUGAUGAGCACAAGUACCCAUCGAUGGCGGACGAGAUGUUUGGAGAGGAUAACCAAAUCUGGGAAAAUAAUUCCAUCAAGGCAGGGAAAUUUAAAAUAACCGCGUUGCACAGACCUCAGAUCAGCGAGUUUUUACCUAUACAAACCGACAAUUGUCAAUAUUUCGGAAGAUUUUCUCCCGAAACGAAAGAUGUUUACGUUACGAGCGAGUAUGACAAUGUUACGUCCGUCACGAAUGGAACUAUUUCAGGCUUUGAAGGUUUCAAAACAGCAAGUGGAAAACACGUGUCGGUAUCCUCCGAAGCUUUGGAGAAAGCGAAAGCUACCGUUAAAGAGAUUGACGAAUUGUUAGGUUUGUGUGAGGGUGAUGAUAAGCAAGUAAAACGACAUUUACAGCCUGAGAUUAGUAUGUCAUGUAACGCAACACAAAAUAAUGGCGUCACCUCUUGCUUAAAGGAUAUAAGCUUGCCGCAGAGAGUUGGUGAGACUAUCGCAAGCGACGAAAACCUUUCUGGUUUUGAGAUAGUACAAUCGUCUGUGCCGCCUGGAUUUUGUGGGUUUUCGACUGCUAGCGGCGACCAAAUUCAUAUAUCUCAAUCUGCAAUGCAGAAAGCAAGGAAAACCCUAAGUGGAGUUGACAUCGAUAUGAAAGAUAUUGUUUAUGACGAGGGAAUUAAAAAGUCAGAGAAGGAGCCAUAUUUCCUUAUGGAAAGAGGGGAAGGAGCUCCAGUGAACCAGCUCGCUCCAGCUGAUAACAUCGAUUACGAUUUUGGUAAUAAAGAAGAAAUUCCUCUUUUAAAGAAAGCAAAAAGUGAUGAACCUCGUCUCCAAGAAAAGUGUUGCACUGAACCUCACAGGAUUGCCUCGUUCUCUAGUUCUGUGACUGAAGCACCUGUCAAUGGGAAUGAUGAUCCUGAUUUUGCUUCAGCCGCGUUCUUACUGAUUGAGGAAAAACGUGAAAAUGUGCUUCUGAAGGACCACUCAAAGAAGAAUUUUUCUACAAUACGUGCUGGUGAAACAGAAACUAAGGACCUAACUUUGCAGAGUCCCGCGUACGUCGUGGGUGAUUCUGUACAUAAACAUUUUGAAAAUGUAAAUGAUUCGUUACUUGAAGACUUGUUGAAUGACUUCAAGCGCAAAAGACGAGACUCCUUGAUCGCUAUCAGCGGGGAGAGCGACAAAGUGGAGGAGCGUGAACUUAACACGAAAAGUGCAGUCAACAACUCUUGUGAUGUGAGACAUAAGCAUUGUAAUGAAAAAUACUCCUUAGAGUGCAAUGGAAAUGUUUUAAAAGAAAUUCUCCCUGAAUUUGCAAUUGAUAAGUCUAUCUCUGUCUCGAAGGAAACCGCUGAACUCUGCACAGAGAUGCAAAGCGGGGAACGCAUUGCCCCUCCAACUGCCUUUUCUGGUUUCCAAACUGCCAGUGGCCAGCUGGUGAAACUAUCUGCGGAGUCAAUGGAGAGAGGAGCGGUCAUAAUGCAGCAGAUUGAUAAUUCCCUUCAGCAAAACAGGGAGGUCACUGCACCACCACAUGCCUCUUCUGGUCUCCAAACUGCAAGUGGCCAGCUGAUGAAACUAUCUGCGGAGUCAACGGAGAAAGGUGCGGCCAUAACACAGCAGAUUAAUAAUUCCCUUCAGCAAAACAGGGACACUACUGCACCAGCAAAUUCCUUUUCUGGUUUCCAAACUGCUAGUGGCCAUAAAGUGAAACUAUCUGAGGAGUCAAUGGAGAAAGGGGCGGCCAUAGUGCACCAGAGUGACAAUUCCAUUCAGCAAAACAGUGAGACCACUGCACCGCCAAAUGCCUUUUCUGGUUUCAAAACUGCAAGUGGGCAGCGAGUGAAAAUAUCUGCGGAGUCAAUGGAGAAAGGAGCGGCCAUAAUACAGCAGAUUGAUAAUUCUAUUCAGGGCAACAGGGAGACCACUGCACAACCAAAUGCCUUUUCUGGUUUCCAAACUGCCCGUGGGCAGCGAGUGGAAAUAUCUGCGGAGUCAAUGGAGAAAGGAGCGGCCAUAAUACAGCGGAUUGAUAAUUCUGUUCAGGGCAACAGGGAGACCACUGUACCACCAAAUGCGCUUUCUGGUUUCCAAACUGCUAGUGGGCAGCGAGUUGAAAUAUCUGCGGAGUCAAUGGAGAAGGGCGCGGCCAUAUUACAGCAGAUUGAUAAUUCUGUUCAGGGCAACAGAGAGACUACUGCACCACCAAAUGCGUUUUCUGCUUUUCAAACUGCUAGUGGCCAUAAAGUGAAACUAUCUGAGGAGUCAAUGGAGAAAGGGGCAGCCAUAAUGCAGCAGAUUGACAAUUCCAUUAAGCAUAACAGGGACACCAUUGCACCUCCAAACGCCUUUUCUGGUUUCCAUACUGCUAGUGGACAGCAAGUGAAUAUAUCUGCGGAGUCACUGAAGAAAGGAGCGGCAAUAAUGCAGCAGAUUGAUAAUUCUCUACAGCAAAACAUGGAGACUACUGCACCUCCAAAUGCCUUUUCUGGUUUUCAAACCGCCAGUGGCCAAAAAGUGAAGCUAUCUAAGGAGUCAGUGGAAAAAGGGGCGGCCAUAAUGCAGCAGAUAGACGAUUCCAUUCAUCGAAACAAGGAGACCACUGCACCGUCAACUGGCUUUUCUGAUUUCCAAACUGCCGGUGGCCAGAAAGUAAAACUAUCUGUGGAGUCGAUGAAGAAAGGAACGGUUGUAAUGCAAGAGAUUGACAAUUUUAUUCACAGAGACAAAGAGAAGGUUGAUCAACCUCUUCCGAGAAACAUAGACGGCAGUGAGUCCACAAAUUGUUUUUCUGAAUGCAGCGCAAACGUAUCCAGUGCUUCAGGUUUUUCUGGUUUUCAAACCGCAAAUGGUAAAACGGUACAGAUCUCGGAAUCAGCACUCGCAAAGGCAAAAGACACUAUAGCUAGCAUUGAGAAUGAUGUUAAAAAAUCUAGGACAGGAACAGAGGGAGUAUUAAAUGACUCCUCAUUUAAAGGAAUGGACAAAUGGAAACUGCUUAAUCAAGAUACAGAUAGUGCAAUCAGCGACGGUCACCUUGUACCUGCGAUGUUUCUUGGAAGUUCCACGCCUUCACGUGACGGACGCUGCUCAAAUGAACAAGAUGAUGCGGUGUCCCGUGAGAUUCUCGAAAGUUCUGAAGCCCUUCUGGCGUAUGAAUCUUCUCUGGAUGUAUCAGAAUACGACAAGGUUACUAUUGCAUGGGACUCAUUGAGAACAAGUCCAGUUUCAAUGACAAGAAGUGCUAAAGGGUUGUCUUCUGAUUCUAAGGAAGACUUUCAAAGACGCCACUCAACACCACAAAGGUGUGGCGAAGACAUGGUAAACAGAAAUCAUAAAGAAACUCGGAGUGGAUUGAAACCUUGUUCAACAACACCAUCAGGUGUUUUCCAUGAUCGGAGGGUACACCUUCAUGCUCCUUUGCGGGCGCGUCUGGCCACAGUCGAAAACACGUUUACACCAAGAGGAUCAGACAGCACUCGCUCGUUGAACCCGUUGCAAGCCACAACCCCUGGCUGCUUCAAAACCAAACAUAUUCCUUCACCAAGAACUAGCACCCCUUUAAAUUCCAACGUAAUGCAUCGUACGUCUGCCCCUCGUCCACUUUUCAUCACGCCUUACAGAAACCGAGAAGUGUCAACGGUUGUCUCUCCCCUCGCCCGUUGUAGCAGCUCUUCUUUUCCAGUGAGUGAGUCUCCAAAGCCCCACAUAACGGAUUUGAUGGAACCAAGCUCAAAGAAAGCAAAACUUUCAUCACGAAAUUGUUCAUCUGUGAUUAAAUAUGGUCAGCCUGAGACUUCAUCUAAGAGCAAAGAGGGACUUAAACCGCGGCUUGGUUUCUUAUCUGGACUGCGCCGCCACAAUAAACGGAUAAAGCUCAAGGAUUAUGUUGGGAGCAGCACACUUCCAGGGAGAUACACUGCUGCAGAGUUGCUUCAGAUCGGUGUGUUUCCAGAGGUGAUUUCUGUUACCUCCACGAACGCAGUAUCAUUUCGGUUCUGUGGGAGGAGGUACUUCAGUGAAACUGCUUUGUCCAACGGCGGAGGUGUUCGGACUGAGGAUGGAGGUGUGAUGCUUGUCGGGAGUGAUCACUGCGCCGGUCUGGAAGAAAUACAGAGUGCGUUCUUAACCACACCAGGCGUGGACAGUCAGCUGAUUAGUAAGGAGUGGAUUGCUAAUCAUUACAGAUGGCUCGUCUGGAAACUCGCUGCAAUGGAAGCUGCUUUUCCGCAUCAUUUUGCUGGCAGGUGCUUAACACCAGAUUGGCUUCUGUGUCAACUCAAGUACAGAUAUGACAGGGAAAUUGAUGGCAGUGAAAGAUCUGCACUGAAGAAAAUCACGGAGCGCGAUGAUGUGUCUAGUCGCACAAUGGUACUUUGUGUAUCAAGCGUCACAGUAACGCAAGAGGACAAGGAGAAAAACGCAUCAGAACAGAGUGAUGACCAAGGCGAAAAAGAUGGCCAGAGUAGGAUGAAAAUGGGGAGUUGUGCUGUCAUUGAGGUUACUGAUGACUGGUACAGCAUCCGAGCAAUAUUGGACAAACCGCUUACCAGGCUGCUACAUGAUAAGAAGAUUGUUGUGGGUCAAAAGCUGAUUGUUUGUGGCGCUGAAUUAGUAGGAUCCGAACAGGCUGUCUCCCCUCUAGAGGCUCCUUCAACGUUGAUGUUACGGCUGCAUGCUAACUCAACUCGGCGUGCACGAUGGGAUGUGAAACUCGGAUUUCAUCAUCAUACGCAUGCGUUUCCGUUACUGCUUUCCUCUUUGUUUGGCGAUGGUGGAUUUGCAGGAUGUGUAGAUAUUAUAGUUUUGAGACAAUAUCCUGUUCAGUGGAUGGAAAAGAUGCCUGAUGGAACCAACGUGUUCCGCAAUUCUCGCCUCGAGGAGAGAGAGGCCAAAAAGUUUGAAGCGGAUCGUCAUCAACGAAGGGAAAAGUUGUUUAUCAAAAUACAAGAAGAGUUUGAAAGGGAAUGCCUGGAGCCAGAGAGAGAAAGGAGAAGAUCAGCAAGAUUUCGUCGCCGUUCGUUUUUACCACGUGAUUUGAAAGACUUGCAUGGUGGGAAAGAGAUUUACGAAGCUCUUACACAAGCCACGGACCCGGAUGCAGUGAAAGAGUGCCUCGAUGAACGCCAAAUGCGAGCUCUAGAGGAAUACCAGCGUGCAUCACAAGAGAAGAAAUUCGCUGAAUUACAGAGCAAGUUUGAACGCACUUGGAAGGAACAGGAAGAGGAGCACCAGCCCCAAAGAAAUGUGGUGCCUCUGCUCAAAGUUCGGAUUGCUGACUACUUGCUCAAAGGUCGGGAAAGGCAACAUGCUGUCUUGAACAUUUGGCGACCGAGCGAAGAAGUCAUGCAGUUGUUGAGCGAGGGAUCCAGGUUGAGAAUUUAUCAUCUAACAGCAUCAGGUGUCCGGUAA